CCGCGUGUCGGUCUCUCCUUCUUCCUCCACCGUCACCUCUCCCUCACACUCUCUUCUCUCCCGCCUCCUUCCUCGGCGCCGAAUGUCGCGCAAGCGGCUAAGCGCGGCCUCGGACUCCGAGUCCGAGGCCGGACCCUCGUCGGGCCCUUCCACGAAGCGCGCACGCACCAGCGCAACGUCCGCCUUCUCGACUAUCGCACCGCGCCGCCCGCCCAGCAGCAGCGCAGAGGAGGACGAGAUGAAGUCGGGCUCUGAGGUCAGCAUGGACGAGUACGAGGAGGAAGAAGAGGAGGAUGAGCCCGUCGCGCGCCGCAACGGCGUCGCGAACGGCAAGCAGCGUGCGAGCCGUCAGGCGACGGGCGACGGGGACGACGCAGACGAGGGCGCAGACAGCGACGAAGACGAGCCGCUGGAGGAGGCGGAGAGGAGCCAGGACGACAUCGAGCUCGAGCGGGAUAUUGCGGAGGAGAUUCAGGCGAGCCACAGGACGCCCGGAAACGUCGCCGAGAUGGGUGUCAUCGAGAAGGUCGACGUGACCAACUUCAUGUGCCACAACCGCCUCACGAUCAGGCUGGGCCCGCAGAUCAACUUCGUCAUCGGACACAACGGCAGCGGCAAGAGUGCGAUCCUCACGGCGAUCACAAUCGCGCUCGGCGGCAAGGCCACGUCGACGGACCGCGGCAAGAGCCUCAAGAGCUUCGUCAAGGAGGGCAAGGCCGGAGCGCUAGUCGAGCUUACGCUCAAGAACCGCGGCAGCGAGGCGUUCAAGCCGGAGCUGUACGGCAAGUCGAUCACCAUCGAGCGCCGCAUCAACGCCGACGGCGGCGGCGGCUGGAAGAUCAAGAGCGACACGGGCCGCGUCGUGAGCACCAAGCGCGACGAGCUCAACGCCAUCUGCGACCACUCGAACAUCCAGGUCGACAAUCCGAUGAACGUGCUGAGCCAGGACAACGCGCGCCAGUUCCUCAGCGCCUCGCACGCAGCCGAGAAGUACCAAUUCUUCCUGCGCGGCACGCAGCUGACGCAGCUGGCCAACGAGUACGAGGUGGUCAAGACGAACAUCGCAAAGAUCAGGUCCGUCGUCGAGCGCAAGAAGCAGGUGCUGCCGGACCUCGAGACGCGCGCGCGCGAGGCCACGGCGCGCUACGACACGAUCCAGAAGCGCCGCGAGCAGGCCGAGAAGCUCGAGACGUACAGGAGCACCUAUGUGUGGGCGCAGGUGGCCGCCAAGGAGGACGAGCUCGAGGCCGUCGUGAGCACCAUCGUCAAGGCGGAGGACAAGCUCAAGAAGCAGGAGAGCAAGCUUGCAGAGGCAGAGGCCAAUGAGGCGAAGGAGAACGAGAUCCUGAGCGCCCUCGAUGUGCGCAUCAAUGAGGCGCGCGCACGCGACACGGGCCUCAAGGACGAGAUGGACGCGCUCAAGGAGCAGAGCAAGAAGGCGAAGGACAAGCAGCGCGACAUCAUGGCGCACGAGGGGCAGCUGAGCAGCCAGUUCACACGGCAGCGCAGCACCGUGGAGGACCUGCAGACUCGCAUCGACGACGAGGCGACGCGCAUGUCGGACGGCAACCGCGCCAAACGACAGGCGCUCGAGGCGCAGCAGCAGCAGGCGAUCGCGGACCGCAAAGCGCUGGAGCGCAAGCAAGUGGAAUUGGGCGAGGAGCUGUACAAGAUCGAGCGUGAUCUUGCCGGUGUCACGGCCCGCGAGCGCGAGACCGCAGCGGGCCGCGACCGCUUGCGAACGCGCGUAGCAGAGGCGCAGACGCUGCAGGAUCGUCUGCGCUCGGCGCGAGGCAAUCGCCUUGCCGCCUACGGCCCCAACAUCCCGCAGCUGAUGCAGUCCAUCGAGCGCGAGAAGGGCUGGCGCCAGAAGCCGGUCGGUCCGAUUGGCGUACACCUCAAGCUCAAGGACAUGGAGUGGGCACCCGUGCUCGAGAGCGUCAUCGGCAACACGCUGAACGCCUUCUGCGUGACGAACCACCACGACCGUCGGCUGCUGGAGAACCACAAGCGCCGCACAAACAACCCCUUCGUCUCGAUCCUCACGGGCAGCGACGAGCCGUUUGACUUCUCGCACGGCGAGCCGCCGGAGGACAUUGCCACGAUCCUGCGCGUGCUCGACAUCGACAACGACUUUGUCAUGCGCCAGCUCGUCAACGCCGUGCACAUCGAGCGUGCUGCCCUGGUGCCGCGCCGUGUCGACGGCGACACUCUGAUGCGCGCACGUCGUCCCAACGUGCAGUUCGCCUUCUCGAAGGACAUGUAUCGCAUUUCCGGCGGCGACCAGGGCUCGGCCACACAGACGCUCAACCCCCACAAGGGCCCGCCGCGUCUGUCGUCGGACGUGACCGCCCAGCUGGCGCAGGCGCAGGAGGAGCAGCGCCAGGCCGGCGAGGAGCUUCAGGCUGCCGAUGCCGCUCUGCGCAGCAUCGGCGAGGAGCGCCGCGCCCUGCAGGAUGCGGCGCAGAAGAUCAAGCGUGAGCUGCCUCAGAUCAAGAAGCAGAUCAACGCGCGUGUCGACGACGAGGCCCGGCUGGCCGAAGACAUGCGCGAGGACGAGCCGAUGAACGUGGCUGCGCUCGAGGAGGCCAAGCAGGAGGCCAACGACCAGAUGGAGACGAUCAAGCGCCAGUUCGAGGAGGUGCAGCGCGAGAAGGAGAAGAGCAUAGAGGAGCUGCGUCCGCUGACCGAGAAGCUGGACGCGCUCAAGGCACAGAGUCGCGAGUACAGGGACACGCUCGAGGCAGGCAAGGCGCCGAUGCUCGAGGCUAUCAAGAGGCGCCUUACCGCCCAGACACACAACACGCACUGGAAGACGGAGAUCGCCGAGCAGAAGAAGAAGAUUGCCAAGCUGCAGGAGCAGUCCACCGAAGUGCAGGAGAAGCUCGACGAGUUCACCACCUCGGCCGAGGCCUUCGAGGCGGAGCGCCCCGAUGACAUUAGCCACCAGCCCGAGUGGUACAGCCGCCAAAUCAUCGCUAUCGAGAAGCAGCUCGCAGAAGCUGAGCGUCUUGAGGGUCAGAGCGUCGAGGACAUCGUGGCCGAGGUCACGGCUUCGAGCAAGGCCUUCAUGAACGCCAAGACUGAGCUUGCAGGCUUCGCCUCGGCCAUCAAGCACCUGGACGCGGCGCUCAACACGCGUCUGUCCAAGUGGCACUACUUCCGCAAGAACAUCGCGCUGCGUGCCAAGGGCCAGUUCACCUACCAUCUGUCCAACCGCGGCUACACUGGCUCGCUCGACUUCAACCACGAGGCGGGCAAGCUGCGCCUUCGCGUGCAAACGGAGGACUCGGCGAAGCAGCAGCGCGACAAGGACCCCAAGUCGCUCUCGGGCGGCGAGAAGUCCUUCUCGACCAUCUGCCUGCUGCUGGCCCUCUGGGAGGCCAUCGGCUGCCCCAUCCGCUGCCUCGACGAGUUCGACGUGUUCAUGGACGCUGUCAAUCGCCGCAUCUCGUCAAAGAUGAUCAUCGACGCCGCCAAGACGGCGCAGGGCGUCCAGUACAUCCUCAUCACGCCUCAGAGCAUGGCCAACCUCACGCUUGGCAAUGCCGUGCGCGUCCACAAGCUUGCCGACCCCGAACGCAACCAGGGCACGCUGCAGGGCUGAGCCGCGCUCGCGCCGCGCUCGCCCCCGGCCCGGCCCUUUCCCGUCCCACACGCCGCUGCGACCCCUCAUCAUCUGUACCGCUACGCCAUCAUCCGGCUCACUGUGUCACCAUCUACUAC